GUCAAGCAGGAAGACGUGUUUUUAAUUCUACAGCAGAGAUGUUCUGGAUUAAGAAGUGCUUUCAGUUGUAUUUUAAACCAGGAGAGCAGUAUUAUUUUUAAUUCGUCUUUAAACUCAUCAGCUAUUUGUUUUAUAACUCCGGUUUAGCGUUUUAUUUUCUUCAGCACGUCAACGUCUUACGUUUUUACUCGUUUAAAUGAAUUAAACCCCGUAGGAAAUACGUACCUUAAAGUGCCCUGUGUGUGUCACAAUGCCGGUCCAGUGCAGUAACUGCGUCCAGAGACGUGCUGUGCUCAAACGGCCCAAGACCGGACACUCUCUCUGUAAGGACUGCUUCUUCUGGGCAUUCGAGGAGGAGAUCCAUCAAACCAUCGUGUCCGCCGGACUCUUUAACCGUGGAGAGACCGUGGCCAUCGGUGCCUCGGGCGGAAAGGACUCUACCGUCCUGGCCCAUGUGAUGAAGGUCCUGAACGAGCGCUACGAUUACGGCCUGAGCCUUCUGCUGCUGUCGGUGGAUGAGGGCAUCACGGGCUACAGAGAUGAUUCGCUGGAGACGGUGAAGAGGAACCAGCAGCAGUAUGAGCUGCCACUGAAGAUCGUGUCUUAUGAAGAGCUGUACGGCUGGACCAUGGACGCCAUCGUGAAGCAGGUGGGAUUGAAGAAUAAUUGCACUUUCUGCGGUGUGUUUCGCAGGCAGGCACUGGACCGAGGAGCCAUGAUGCUGAAAGUGGACAAGAUAUGCACAGGUCACAAUGCAGACGACGUGGCAGAGACGGUGCUGAUGAAUGUCCUGCGUGGAGAUAUCGCUCGUCUCUGCCGCUGCACCUCCAUCAGCACUGCCAGCGACGGAGAGGGUGCCAUCCCACGCUGCAAGCCCCUCAAAUACGCCUACGAGAAAGAAAUCGUUCUCUACGCCUAUUUUAAGAAGCUCGAUUACUUCUCCACAGAGUGCAUCUACUCGCCCAACGCCUACCGGGGACACGCUCGCGCCUUCCUCAAAGACCUGGAGUCCAUCAGGCCCAGCUCCAUCAUAGACGUCAUCCACUCCAGCGAGACGCUCUCUAUAAAGGAAGGGGUGAAGAUGCCGGUGCAGGGAACGUGCUCGCGCUGCGGCUACAUCUCCAGUCAGGCCCUGUGUAAGUCCUGUGUUCUGCUGGAGGGCCUGAAUCGAGGUUUACCCAAACUGGGCAUCGGGAAACAUCACCGUCUGCACGGCAAAAUUCUGGCUCAGGAGCCUUUGACCGAACAGGAGGAGAAGAAACUGAAGCCUGUGAACUGCAAUUGCAGGUUGUAG